AUGGAAAUACACGACGGCAUGGGGGCAAAAAAGAGCACGGUUGGGGGGAGAUCGAUUAUGGGGACAAAAGAUUCCCGCCAACAUUAUAUAUACGUACCCACCAUUCCCCUAAAAUCAAUCCUCUAUACCCUAUCUCUCUAUUUGCUUUCUGGAAUCUCCAGGAGAAAACAAGAAUUUUCAGAGAUGGAGCAUGUUGGUGAUCUAGAGGACCAAACCUCCAUUAGCAUUAACGAAAAUGAAGUCCCACUCCCAGAUCCCGAAGAUGAUUCAUUUGCAUCUUCGGUAUUCGAUGAAUUUGAGGUUUUCAAAAGAAACAGGUUGACGGUAAUAGAAGGAGGAAACAAAUGUUACAAAGUCAUCAACGGAUGCGUUGCUCAGGGCGUGGGAAAGGACACAAAUGUUGCGGCCAUCCAUAAAAUCCCAUGGUCCGGUCCCAACGGACGGUUGGAAGCUUUCCGCAUUUCCUCGGCUGAGAUGGUGAAGAAAUGUGGAGGUAUUGGUAACGUAAAGCACGCAUGGUAUGGGGGAUCAAGGGACGAAAUAUGUGAAAUCAUAUCCCAUGGGUUCCGAAGAUGCAGACAAUCAUAUACUAAUGGUGAGGAUGGUUAUGGCGUAUAUUUGUAUCCACUCGAGUUCGUCAUGGAUGGAUUAGUGUCAUCAAUUCAGGAUGAAAAUGGGCUCCGGCAUCUUUUGCUCUGUAAUGUGAUAUUGGGGAACAUGGAGGAAGUACGUCCUGCUUCGAAACAGUUCAAACCAAGUUCGAACGAAUUUGAUUCCGGAGUCGAUGAUCUUUCGAAACCAUCAAGGAUUGUAAUUUGGGAGGCUUACAUGAACUUCCGUAUCUUUCCCAGCUAUGUUGUUAGUUUCAGGGCUCACAAUGUCCGAGGUUUCGAAAGGGAUCGAACUAUUGUAUACAAGCCCACUACACCAUGUGUCGGGUUUUCUGUUCUGAUUCCCAAGCUAGCAAACGUCUUACCUCCUUCAAAAAUGGCGUUGCUUCGUAAAUAUCAAAGCGAGUUUCGUAGAAAAAAGAUCUCAGGAGCCCAAUUGAUCCAUAGAUUGAGGCAACUAGCUGGAGACGAGCUAUUAAAUGACGUGAUCAAAACAAGGGAGUCCGAUGUUAUAGGGAUCGGGUCAAAUAAGUUGGUCCUUCUGUCCACAUUGAAGCUGAUAAAAGGGAUCGGGUUAAGUAUGUUGGACCUUCUGUCCACAUUGAAGCUGAUAAAAGGUUUUUGGUUGCUAUUUUAG